ACUCCUCUGCUGUGCUAUUUACUGUUGGGUUGCCAUUUUUUUUAUUGAUAUGAUUUUGAUCAAUCCAACAUGAAUGCACCAAUGUUAAAUUGUAAAUAUGGAUGUUGUUGUUUUUUCAAUUUUUCUGGAGGAAUUCAAUGGGAAUAUAACUAGAAUUAGGAUAAGAAGAAGGUGUGUUGUUUUGGGGCCAAUUACAGUUUAUUGGUUCUGUUGAGUGGGAAAAAGGACAUAUUUGAUGGUUCAUUUGUGCAUAUCACAUUACCUUUGCUGGAAGACAAAGGGAGAGGGGGUGACAAUGUCAUAAGUUAGCAUCAUCUUUGGAGGUGAACAUGUGUACUUUUAAAAGAUUUACUAAUAUUGAUUCAGAUAAGGAAUGGAUGUAAGAAGAGGAAGAUAGAAAAAAGGACACCAUGGACACACUAGAAAAACGAAAAACACCAUGGAUAGUAUAACUAAGGACAAUGAGAAGCAGUAUGAUUGAGUAGGAAGAAACUCAUGAAAGUGGACUCAAGGGUGGUUGUUUAACAUCACAGAUUUGUUUAAAUCUGCAGAGUUUUGUUUUCCAUCACAGAUUAGUGCAUAGUUGCGCCUGUCAUGCCACCAUUGAUUUUGAACAUAAAAAACAUAGCAAGCAAAAUUACCAAUCUCCAUCAUCUUACACAGUUACAUGCACAGCUUGUCCACCACUCCCUGCACCACCACAACCAGUGGGUGGCGCUUCUCCUGACCCAAUGCACGCGCCUCCUUGCGCCCUCAAGCUACACCUGCCACAUUUUUCAUGUUGCACAAUGCCCUGAUGUACAUGUCUUCACCAGAAUGCUCAAAUACUACUCCCAAAUUGAUGCUCACUCAGAAGUAGUUUCUCUCUUUAAAUGUAUGCGGUGCUAUGACAUAAAGCCUGAUACAUCUUUCUAUCCGCUUUUGAUAAAAUCUGCUAGAAAGGACAGCAUGCUGUUUCAUGCUCAUGUCCUGAAACUGGGACAUGGUCAUGAUCAUUAUGUUCGAAAUUCAAUUUUAUACAUGUAUGCAAAAUAUGGAUCUAUACAGCUUGCCAGGAAACAAUUUGAUGAAAUGUCUGAUAGAACCGUUGCAGAUUGGAAUGUAAUUAUCUCUGGAUACUGGAAGAGCGGGAAUGAAGAGGAAGCAAGUAAACUUUUUCAUAUGAUGGGUGAGCCACAAAGGAACGUCGUUACUUGGACCACCAUGGUUACUGGGUAUGCAAAGUCUGGGAAUUUGAAGACUGCAAGGAUAUAUUUUGAUAAGAUGCCUGAAAGAAGUGUGGUAUCUUGGAAUGCAAUGCUAUCAGGAUAUGCUCAGAGUGGAGCACCACUAGAGACUGUAAGAUUGUUCAAUGACAUGCUUAGCUCUGGAAAUGAACCAGAUGAAACAACAUGGGUGACUGUCAUAUCAUCUUGUUCAUCUCUUGGUGAUCCUUGUCUUGCAGAGUCAAUUGUUAGAAAGCUAGACAAAGUGAAGUUCCACUCAAAUUAUUUUGUCAAGACAGCUCUGCUUGAUAUGCAUGCAAAAUGCGGGAACCUCAAGGCAGCUCAGGAGAUUUUUGACCAAUUGGGCGUGUAUAGAAAUUCUGUUUCUUGUAAUGCCAUGAUCUCUGCUUAUGCAAGACUAGGGGAUUUAUCUUUUGCAAGAGACCUCUUUAAUAAGAUGCCAGAACGGGAUACUGUCUCCUGGAAUUCAAUGAUUGCUGGUUAUGCUCAAAAUGGCGAGUCACUGAUGGCAAUCAAGCUGUUCAAGGAAAUGAUCUCUACUAAUGACUCAAAACCAGAUGAGCUUACUAUGGUGAGUGUUUUUUCUGCUUGUGGACACCUCGGAUCACUAAGUUUGGGAAUUUGGGCUGUGAGCAUCCUUAAUGAAUAUCAAAUCAAGCUUAGCAUCUUAGGAUACAAUUCAUUGAUUUUCAUGUACUCGAGAUGUGGGAGCAUGGAAGAGGCCACAUUAAUAUUUCAAGAAAUGGCAACCAGAGAUUUAGUCUCCUAUAACACAUUGAUUUCAGGGCUUGCAUCCCAUGGACAUGGAAUUGAAUGCAUCAAGCUAAUAUCAAAAAUGAAAGAAGAUGGUAUUGAACCAGACCGCAUAACAUAUAUUGGUAUAUUGACUGCAUGUAGUCAUGCAGGAUUAUUGGAAGAGGGUCAGAAAGUUUUUGAAUCGAUCAAGGUUCCUGAUGUAGACCAUUAUGCGUGUAUGAUUGAUAUGCUAGGUCGAGUCGGUAAAUUGGAAGAAGCUAUGAAAUUGAUUCAUAGCAUGCCAAUGGAGCCCCAUGCAGGAAUUUAUGGAUCUCUUUUAAAUGCUACCCGCAUUCAUAAACAAGUUGAGCUCGGUGAGCUCGCUGCAGCUAAACUGUUCACAGUUGAGCCGCACAAUUCUAGCAAUUACGUGUUGCUCUCUAACAUAUAUGCUUUGGCUGGUAGGUGGAAAGAGGUUGGCAAUGUAAGGAAUAUAAUGAGAAAACAGGGAGUGAAGAAAAUAACUGCCUGGAGCUGGGUGGAGCAUCCUCACAUGUUCAUUGUGAAACGAUCAAAUGAUAUCUAUAAGCUACUGGAAGAUCUCAAUCAAGGUAAGUUGAGGAGGGAAGGAUAUGUAUCUGAUAAUAGCUGCAUACUGAGGAUGCUGUAUAAAAAAGAAAAGGAGAUUCAAAGUAAAUGUGACUCAGAGAACUGAAUUGUGAAUGAUUCCGUUAUUGAAUGAAUGAAUCUGAGUUUGUUACACAAUUUAGCGGACAGUAAAAACUGUACGGUGGGUAUUGCACCUAAGUUUUCUCCCCAAAAAAGUAUAAUAAAAGAAACUCUCUAUUCAUUUCCGCCAUUUCUUAUUUACCAUUAUCGGCUCAUGAAUUUGUUGAUCCAUUUGUGUUGUCAGGUAGACUGAAAAUCCCUUUUGCUUUCCCCACCAAUGGGGGAGGCUUUCCUGAAGCUAAAAGAGCCUCUGAGCUGAGUCAACUUUUGGGUUUAAACGUCUUACCUUCACAGAUUUGAGAAUAAACUCAUUGUUGCUGUGGGAAAAGGGAAACCUGCUGCUGUGAUGUCUGAACUCUGAAUAUGGUUUUAAAAAUGUUCUUUCAAUGGAUGAAUAUGCAUCAUGCUUUGAAAACAUUGAUCCAUUGGGACCCUACAAGAGGUGGACGACCAAGCUGGCUACUACUCAAAAUGCUAAGUUUAAUGAGUGUGCUUCAAGGAAUGAUGUCUUAUCUGAAAUGGUUCAAGCAGUAUUCAUAGUUAGCGAUCCUGUUGAUUGGAGCAGGGACAUGCAGGUUACAAAGAUUGGGUGCCCACUAGGGUGGACCUUUAAUUUUUUGGUCCACCGGUGGAGCAUUCAUUAAACACCAUUGGAUUAGAGAUUCUCAGAAUAUUCUUCAAAUAAAUGGUUAUGAUUGAAUGAAGGAUGAAAGGCUAAAAAUGUAAAAUGCACUGAAAACCCUCUUUCACCUAGCUUGUCAACCCCAACAGUGGAAGGACGAGAUGAUGGCAGAGCUUAUCUCCGGCGUGGUACCAAUCUUGGCCACCGCCACCUCACCACUCUUCUUGGUCCAGCAAGCCACUCUCCCUUAUAUUGAAGAAAUCUAUUGCAACCUCCAGAUCUGAUUUUUUCCCGAGAGAGAAAGAUGUAGGUUGGGUGAAUGAUGGUGGUGCAGAAGCUUGCGAUGAUGAAAUUGGUGGGUGUGAGGGUGUUUGAUUUAGGGGUGUUUGCUCCCAGUUCCUUCAUCCCGUCCCUCACCGGCAACUCCGACCCAGACCCCUGUCAUCGUCCUCACUCGCCGCUGGCGGCGAUGGGUUUCAGAUCACAGCGAGCAAGCUGUCAUCGUCUUCCCAUUUGUUGCCCCAAGAUCACAUAUUUCCUCUUCACUGUCUGUUGCAUGUCGCACCAUUGGGUGAUAAUCGUACCUUGUUCACACAGACACCUAUGGAUGCAAAUGAAGGUGCCCCUCAUGAGAAAUUCAAAGGGAAGAAGUCCAAGGCUGCUGCUAAAUCAGGAGCACAGGUAGUACCUUGGGAGAUUAUGAGAAGUGUUGGAAUUUCUGAUGAUGAGAUAUCCAAGUUUCAGGACCCUUACAAGUGGCUUUCUAAAGAGAUAGCACAAUAUCGGAAUAGUCAAACAUUAAAAGCAAUCAUAUUGGAGAAGAUCCUUUAUUACCACAGACUUAAACCCAUAUUUUGAUCCUUUAUUCUCCUUUGGAUGGACAUCCUUGUGCUGAUCAUGAUAGAGCAACUGGUGCGACAAUGGUGGAGAGAUUGGUCUGGGAGGCAGGGAGAGGAAGGAGAGUGGGAGGGAGAAGGAGAGAAAGGGGUAAAGUCUGAAAUAGCCCUUAUGCAAAGUCUGUAAUACCCUUGGUGCAUCGGUGGACCAAAAUAAUAAAGGUCCACCCUAGUGGGCACUUAAAGAUUUUAUGGUUAAUAUGUAUGAAUCAAGAUUACAAAUAGCAAAUGAUAUAAUUAUACAGCUUUUACCAUAAGCAUCGAAAAUUUAAUGGAAAGUUUAAUUGUUGUGCAGCCGUUCUUUCUCACAAAGCAGCAUGAUUUGUACGUGAAAUGAAACACACAAUAUUAGUGGUUUUGGUCUCCCCCACGACGGGAAACCGAAUUGCUGAUGGGUUUUUUGUACCUAACUGGUAGUUUAGGGCUCAACGCUAUCCACUUGGGUGGAUGUUCAG